AUGAUUCUCCGAUUCCUCUGGGUGCUGUUGCCGUUGUUGGCGUGGGCCAAGGACAAGGACCACUCGAUUCAGAAGUUCAAAGAGCGCGAGCGCCUCCUCACCGCCGACUCUGAUCUCAUUUCGCUGACGGCGUACGAGGAUGUGUUGGCUACGCUCAACUCCUCCACUAUUGUUGUGUAUCGGAUCGCGGAGAAUGCCACGGAAUACGAGCUGGAGAGGAUAUGUUCGUUUCGGCUGGACGAUACGAUCCCUUUCGCGCACGUGUUUCGCUUGGAUUCGGAACGAAGCCUGGUGCUUUGUGGUGGCGAGUUCUGCUUGUGAGUCAUAUUUGCGGUUGGGUUGGGGGGCAUCCUCGAAGAGGGCUUUCGUAAUGGUGAUAGCGACGGGUUUAUGGCGCUGUAUAAGCGAAUUUGGAGCGGCGAAUAGGGAUGGGUCUUCGGAGGAGAAAUUGUGGAAAAAGAAAAGGUUUCAUGGAUUAGUAACAAAACAAACUUUACUGUACUAUUCUACAUAAACUUUAGUUGGAAAAAAGGGAUUUUGAAUAUCCAAAAGGGAUUUAAACAUCUCAAAUCGAUCGAAUAUUACUUUAGACACAUCAAGGUUUAUGAUCCCGUACUUUCAAAAAUUCCCAUUGUAAAUCACACAUUUUCCACAUCAAUUUUACUGAUCUUUUAUUUAUCGCCAAUUUCACUUACAAUCAAAGGGCAAAUCAAUUUAAAAAACACCAUUUUUUGAUAUUUCUCAGUAAUUCCUCUCACCUACCCUUUCCUUUCGAUUAAACGCCGCAUUUUCAGCUUGUUCGGGCUUGAUUACACGAUCAAACGAAUCGAAUUAAGGAGAGAAUUCAAGUUCUCGGACCUCUCGGCGGGCGCGAUCAGUUCCGUGCGCGCGACCGCUGAUGAAAAAACACUCGUGGUACAGGUGAUUGAGCAAAGCGGACUGAAGAAUUCGACCAUUGUCAGCAUCGAUAUUGCGUAAGGCCUUACAGAUUUUAGGCCCAAAAUUUGAUUAAUUGGGAUAAAAAAGGCAAAAACUUGAUAAACACCUAAAUUUAUCGUAAAAAAGGAUAAUUUAUGCAAAUUUUCGGAACGAAAAAUGCAAAUUCCCUAACGAAUUAAUCCUCACUUGUACUUUACAGAACACAUAUUUGCAUAAUCUUCACAAAAAAACAAAAAAUUUCCAAUUUUCUCCAAAAAGUCAUCAAAAAUAUAUGACUAUUCAAAUUUCAGGAUUGGAACUGUAAUUGGCCGGACUGAUGAUCACAAAUUCAAUCGAAAUGAAGCCUCGGUUCUGGCAUUCAACAAAAAUGGAUUUUCGUAUUUCCUAAACACUGCCACAAGACUCGAUAAUCCCCGAUUACUGGUGGAGAAGUCGAGGUACACCCAUCAAAUAUCGAAUAUCAAGUUGACCCGGGUUUGCAACAAAGAUACUACCUACAAUCUGGAGAGCAAAAUCGACAUUUCUUUGGGCUGUAAGUUUUUUCGGACUUUUUGAGAGGUUUUUAGGGAUUUUUGCAGUUUUUUGGACAAUUUUGAUGACUUUUGGGUAUUUUGACUAUCUUUUGGUUGAUUUUUGGGACGAAUAUGGGGCCAUAGCCUCGUCUAAUUUACUGGCAUUUAUUUUAACAAAGAUUUAAUUAACAGUUUUUUUAUAUUCCUAGCGAUUUUUUGAAAUUUUUAGCUGUUUUUGACCUCUUUCCGAUGAUUUUUGGCCAUUUCAAUUAUUUCUCUGCCAAUUUCCCUCCGGAAAUUACUCAUAGCCCUCGCUGAUUGAUUGUCAAUCAAUUUGCAGGUACCAUGGACAAGUCCCAUUACACGUUUGCAACGGCCGCUUCCGUUUCCAAUGACCAGAAGACGCUGCUUGUGGCCGCCAAAGAUCUGAAUGAAUCAUCGGCCAUUGUUUGUCGAUUCGAUUUGGCCCAGGUUCUGGCCUACUUCGACACGACUUGGGAGAUUUGCCAGCACAUGACUAAUCCCAAGGAAAUCCAAAACGUAAGCAAAUACAAGAAGUUUAACGGAAAAUUUAUGAAAAAUUAAGGCAAAUCAGAUUUUUUUUGAAUAUGCAAAUUUUGAAUUUUUUUUUUUUUGGCAUAAUUUUCACAUAAAUUUAUAAAUUUUGAAUAUUGCGUGAGGCGUUUACUCUACUUUUUUUUUUAAUUUUCACUUUCUAAAAACAUCAUUUUUUGUCAUCAAAACAAAUCUUUCAGCAAUGCAUAAGUGGCACAAUUGAUCGCCCCGAAAAGUGCCAUACAUUUUCGUGGCUCCUCAAAAAACAAGUCCCAAUCUGUCAGCGUUUCAAUAUGGGCUCGGAAAUUUUGGAUAAUUGCAAUCUAAAUGCAAGCACUUCGAAUGCCUAUCGAGCUGGAUGGGUCGAGAAUUAUCUGCCAAUUGAGGGGAAGGUGGUCGCAGUGUAAGUUAUGGAGCCCUUUUGGGUUUAUUGCGGAGGUUUUUAAAGUGCUUACACGCCUUUUGACGUCCGCAAAAUAUUAUGUAAAAGAGGGAAAUCCUGUUUAGAAUUUAGAUUACAUUAAAAAUUUGAAUCCUUUUGAACUUUUGAACCCAAACAGAAAACUUCCAUUCUUCUUGUUGAUCACAACUUAAAUUUAUUUGUUUAGCUUCAAAAUCGAGGACAACGCUGAUGUCAUCGAAGUUCUGGACGGCGGAUUCAAUGACACGUUGUAUGUGCAGACCAGUGACAACGAUAUUCAGAGAGUCCGUUCCUGGGAGAAUCACAAUGAACUGCUGUGGAAACGCCGCUCAGAUAAAAUGGUUUCUGGGAGAGUCCGGAACAAGGAUGUGUAUUACUACACCUUCAAGGAUCACCGUGUAAGUGUCUUCCAAUCGGGGAUUUUCCUCAAAAUUGAGGCCUAUAUUUUGCCGUUUUUUAUCAAAAUCUGACUUGAUUUUUGUCACUCUCUAUCAAUUCGAAAAAAAUUUUAGCUCCUUCCCUGUCCAUUACAGUACCCCAAUUUUUAGGUGAACUACGUCACGAAUCGCUGCACUUCCCUCUAUCCCGACUGCAACUCCAUCAACUGGAAUGACUCCUUGAACUGCGGGUACUGCGCUUUUUCGAACAGCACUGGAAAAGUGACCUCCACCCUGUUCGCGGAUAAAUGCAAAAAGAACAAUGGCCAAUUCUGCCACAACUUUUGCCCACCAAUCAUCAAAACGGUCUCGUUUGGAGGACAAACUGUCAGUGUGAUUGGCGAGAACAUGAUGGCGUUCAAGGAGAUCGAUGUGAAAGUUUGCGAGAGGAAAUGCGCAGUGUCCAUUUGGAGCAAGGAAUUGUAAGAGAUUGAAGUUUUUUUUUGAAGAGUUGUAAAUUUAGGGUGAGCUGUAAGACCGAUAGAACCACCUACAACACUUGUCCUGUGGAGAUUUCGGGGCAUUUGAGUGAGAUCAAUCAAAUGUUCAUGUUGACCCAUCUCAGGGCAGCGGACCAUGAAGAAGAUGAGGCCCAAAGGAGAUCGAAAAGGUGAGUUUUUUGGAAUUUUUUUCUGUCUUAUAAAUUUGAAAAGAUUCAAAAAAAGUUUUUAAUCCAUAUUGUUCCAGAUGGCUUCGAUUUGUCGCCGCUGCCGUCGCCAUUGUCACCGCGAUUGCACUUUUGCUCUGCGCGGCCUGGUUUAUGAAGUGUUAUCAACGAAAAGUAAGUCUUAUAUCCUCCAAUCAACCCUUUGAUCACGCAAUAUUUGAUGUCCUAUUCUCUUGAGGCUCUGAAUUUUCAUUUUCCAGCAAAAGAAACGCAAAAUGUUGCUGACGAAACGCCACAUCCUACCGGAUAAGCACGACGAUUGCAGGGCGCUGGGUAAGUUUUUCGGCCGCUUUCCGGGUCUUUGGGAUUCGUUUUGGGUUCGCGCUUCUCCCCGCUUCUCGUUAAAAUGAUUUCCUUCGGGUGCGGGGCCUCUAUCCAUUGGUUGCGGUAACAUUUUCUCAAUUUACUUGGUUUUUUUGUGUUUAAGUCCCAAUGCCUGACUUCAAUCCUUUUGCUACAGACGGCUCCGUGGACGCGAAUGGAGUCCCGAUUAUAAAUCAGAACACGGUGCGACUCAUCGAGAUGAUCGGAUCGGGUAAGUUGAAGCGGAUUUUUGAUGAUAUUACAGUAGAUGCAGUCAUAUAGAGACAUUUGUUUGUCUUCAGAAUACUCUUUGAGACUCAUUAAUUAAAGGCUCUCAAAUAACUUAGAAACCGACAAAAACACGUAAAAAUUGAUUAUUGGAUUUUCGACGAAAUGUCACAAAAUUAUCGGAUUUUUUUAUUUGAUGAUUUUUGACAUUCAAGUUGAAGGUCUGCCCUCUGAAGAUAAUAACUAUGACCUUUAAAAGCAACACGACCAUUUUUUUUAGGAUAUUUGGCCUUAAAAUUUCAAUUUUUAUAUUGCUCAUGGUUAAUAUAAAUUUUUUACCAAAAUUCAAAAUUUAAUGGCCUAAAUCACUAAAGAAUUAAGACAGAUCAACAUUAGGAUCUAUAGAAUAUUUUAAACCCCAAUUAUUUGAAUAAAACCCUGAUUAAAUAUGCAAAUUUCAGGCAACAGUGCAACUGUUCAUCUGGGAAUCCUUAAUCGAGGCGGGAAACAGUUGAAUGUCGCGGUGAAAAAGAUCAAAUACUUCGAAACCGGCGAAUUGGAGAAGGCCAUGCGAGAAGUUCGUCUGAUUUCGGAGUGCAAGCACCCGAACAUCGUCGAAUGCAUCGGAUAUUACUCAUGUGUGGAGGGGUAUUUGAACGUGGUCAUGGAGUACGUUAAAGGCGGAGAUCUGCAUACUUAUUUAAUCAAUAAAGAAAAGGUAAGCGGGCUUUUUAAAAUUGGCAAAAAAAUCGCGAAAAUGUCAUUUUUCUAUUUUUUGGUCCCUAAAAUUGUAGAUUUUUUUAAAUUUUUUAUUAAAUUUAUUAUUUUAAUUCUGCAAAAUACGAUUCUAAAUUUUUCCAAACCUCUCUAAAUUUUUGAUUUUCUUACCUGUCUCUCUUACUUCACCAUUUACGGCCCAAUUUUUCAGUCCCUAGUCGCCCGGACCGCCUUCUCUUAUAUCGAACAACUGGUAAAAGGGAUGCAAUACAUGGCGACGCAAAAGAUUAUUCAUCGCGAUUUGGCCGCCAGGAACUGUAUUUUGAGCGACGAUUACACAAAGCUGAAAAUCACGGACUUUGGAUUGUGCCGGAGGGCAAACAAUCAAGACGAAUAUAUUCCCAUGGACCAGUUUGUAAAAUUGCCCUUCCGAUGGACGGCUGUGGAGUGUCUGACCGGCGAGUAUGCAGUAAGUUGUGCAUUUGAAUUUAUAAUAAAAAUUUUAUUUUAAUUUUCCCAAAUUUUCGCACUAUGCAAAAAUCCAUGGAAAAUUAUUUGCACUGUGCAACGAUCAACAACUUUCUUCCUCCAAAUUUGGUGCACUGUGCAAAAUUAAUUACCCAUUGCACCGUGCCGAAAUUCAAACAUUUUUUCUGAUCGCAGCGAAUGACUUUGUCGCAGUCCUCAAAACAUUUUUUAUGCACGGUGCAGCGCGCAGCGACAAAAGUUUCCGCUUUUUGCACAGUGCAAUCGAACUCAAAUUGAAGUUCCAUUGCACUGUGCGGUUUGUCGCGACAAGGACAUUUGUGUUUUGCACAGUGCAUUCAGUGAUUUCAAAUCGCACUGUGCAAUCCAAUCAUAAUUUUUUUCGCACCGUGCAAACGUCAAAAAAAAAUUUUUUGUCUGCACGGUGCUGUUUUAAUUUCUAAUCUAAAAAUUUGAUUUCAGUUUUCGGAAAAGAGCGAUGUCUGGAGUUUCGGCGUGGUUUGUUGGGAGAUCUUCUCCCGCGAGAGUAUGCCUUACAAGGAGUUGGUUUCGAGCGAUGAGGUGUACAGAUAUCUGAUCGCCGGUCAUCGGCUGGCUUAUCCGGCUUCGUCUUGUCCCAAAGAGCUAUACGAAGACAUCAUGUACCAAUGCUGGGCUGCGGAUUCGACUCAUCGACCAACAUUCGACGAGUUGGCCGUGAAUUUGCAUAAGCUUUUGAAGAGGUUGGACGAUAUUUAUCAGCCGACUCUGGAUAAUGAUGGAUAUGAAAAGGUAAGGAUUUUUUGGGAUUUUGAGACAGUAAAUUGUAUUUUUGUAUCAUAGCAAGUCUAGAAUAUCUUUUUUACACUAAUUUAACCAUAAAUUUUUAUAAAUAAUAUACAAUUUUAUAUUGUACAUGAUGACCAAAAAUCUUCAGAUUGGCUGAAAUUUUUGCUGACUAAAAAAUUUUUGAGCGAUUUUUUUGUCGCUCUUGACUUCCGAGAAUGAUAUUUUUACCCUCUAAAUUUCUAAUUCCAGCCCCUCUCGGUCGCCCAUCGCAGCACCGUGCAGACAAUUUCGGAUUCCGAAUCCGAUCCGGAGCCCACGUCAUCCUCAUCCACACCGAAUCAGGAUGUCGGAUAUGUCGGGCUGAACACGAUGAUCACGAACCACAAGGACUUUAGGAACAUCUACACGGACCAUCCGGUCUCGGACUACAAUCCGGCCAUCCCCAACGGAUAUUCCCAAUCCCAUUCCACGGCCAUUUGA